AAUUAGGAAUAUUAACGAUCUUGUAAAUGAAAAUUUCUGGCGACUUAAACACUCUAAAUAGAAAAUGGUUAUGGCUUCAACCGAAGAGCAAGACAGACGAAUUGUGCUUGAGUUUUGUCAUUUACUGGAGAAAUCAAAGCAGCUUUUCAAUGGACUCAGAGAUCUACCGCAGUAUGGUCAUCGUCAGUGGCAAGCAUAUUUCGGUCGAACGUUUGAUGUUUACACAAAACUCUGGAAAUUUCAGCAGCAACACCGGCUAGUGCUUGAUUCAAAAUAUGGGUUGAAGCGAUGGCAAAUAGGAGAAAUAGCUAGCAAAAUUGGACAGUUAUAUUAUCAUUAUUACCUCCGUACAAGUGAAACAAACUAUCUUAAUGAAGCGUAUUCAUUUUAUGCUGCAAUCCGAGGGCGAGCUUAUUAUUCCCGCGCAUGCAAAGAGGAUCGACCCGAUUUAAUGGUCAAAAAGUUGAGAUAUUAUGCUAGAUUUAUUGUUGUGUGUUUAUUACUGAAGAAAAUGAAACUUGUUCGAGAGCUUGUAAUAGAGUUGGAACGACAAAUACAAGAGUAUACUUCAACGUAUGAGCCUGAAGAUGCUUUGGAAUGGGCACUCGUGCUUGAUGAGAUAAAAGGAUUCAUAAAAGCCGAUGCUGCAGUAUCGGUUCUUCAUGCCGAUUCAAAUCCAAUUGUGCUUUCACACAGGUUAAGUCCAUUGACAACGCCUCCAUGUGAGCGCUCACCACACAUGACACUUUCAUUGCAAGAGAUACUUAUCGUUGGCUCAGCAGUGGAACAGGCAAAAUUUUCUGAAUUGACGAUGGAUAUGUUCAGAAUGCUACAAACAUUGGAGAGAGAGCCACAAGAGUUAUUUCAUGGAUUAUCAAAUCCAAUGACUCAUGGAGGUCCACAUGAUGCCAGCCCAGCUGCAAGUCGAAUGCCCGCAUAUGUGCCUGGUUCUAAGGGUUAUAUAGAAAAUGGUGAUAAUCGUCGCUUAAUGCGUGAUAAUCCACAUAAAUAUUUAUUGUAUAAACCAUCCCUAAGUCAGUUAAUGGUUUUUCUAUCAAGUGGGUUCAAAGAACUCCCACCUGGUGGAGCCUUGCUUUUGUAUAUUUCUGCUGACGGCUGUUUCUCGACUACGAAACAUCCUCAAGAUUAUGGUUAUGAAUUGGGUGGUUUAGCUACAAGUGUGAAACGUGAUGGAACUGAUAGUGGCGUAUCCAUUAGAGGAAAAUCAGUAGCAACACUUAAGGAACCACAUUGCUUAUAUCCUGGUGAUUUAUAUCCUUUUACAAGACGCCCUUUGUUCAUUAUCAUCGAUUCCGACAAUUCAUUUGUUUUUGCUCAUAUUCCAAAAUAUUUUGGUCAGCCUUUAGUCAUCCUGAUGUCACCGCAAGAUGUGCCACAAAAUUUUCAGGGUAAAGAUCUUCAUCAUCAUGGCUCAUUAUUUACACUAUUCCUUCAUUCCCCUCUAACUGCUCUAUGUUUCAUAUGUAAUGUUGGUGAUGUUGCAAUUCACCAUUGGGAAAGAUGUCAAAGUUAUAUUGAUCGAUUUGUCACUGAAGCUUCAAGACUCGUGACCAGAUGUAGAAUGGAUGAUAUUGAACAAGGGAGUGGUUAUAUAGAUUCGUCUUACGUACAAUUCUUCGGUGAUGAUUUUCUCCGAACUCUUAUUCUUCGCUUUGUAUUUUGUGAUGUUACAAUGCGGUUACAUCGUAGUUUUCGUGGAAGACAUCAACGACCACGUUGUGAGCCACCAUUACCAACUACUGAACUUCUGGAACAUCCAUCAUUAGCGCACAUUGUCCUUCAACUAGCUACCCAGUUAGACGUUCGAGGACAUUUUACGGAAGCUGCCGAAGGUGACUGAUUUGAAAAAAAAAACUGAAAUACAUUGGUCGUAGCGAAUCAAAGUAGAUGAGAAAAAAAAUAUGUAGUGGAAAGGGAAACUUUUUUAUUACAUUUAUACUGAAAACUAAAGCUUCUAUCAUACUUAUAAUAUCAAAUUCACGAUGAAAACAUCCAAUACAAACAUUGUCAUUUUAUUCGCUAGUAAAGCAAAGUUAAGUGUUUCUUUAAAUAUUUACUGCGCAAAGAAAAAACUCCUUAAAUAUAAGCCAAGAAAUGGAAGAGAACAAGAAUUAAAAGCAAAAUGUCGAUAUCAUAUACAUUACAUACACACAACUUCAAAUAAAAUGAAUAACAAGUAAUGUGUUCAUGUGUAUUCAAUCGCAUGAAGCGAAAUUAACGCUGAAAAUAAAAGAAAAUAAAUAUUUAACAAAUUUUACGAUGAUAUUCUAAAAGAUCCUUCAAGAAAAUUCUAUUCGCUAAGGAUACUACUUUAAUCUUUUGACAACAAUUUCUAUGCAUUAAAUUUCUUCUCUUCAUUGCUAUUUGGCUUUGAUUAACGUACAAUCCUUUCGUAUUUAUUGUUCCUAGGUAGACAUCCAACUUACUAAUUGACUUAAGCCUGAGUACAUUUUAUGCCCCUAAAAGAAGGAGAAAGAUAAUAAAUCGAAUACUUAAUAAUUCCUUUGCCAUUUAUCAUCUAAUCUAACUGUUUCUUAAUUUUUAAUCAGCA